AUGGUAAAAAAAGUUCCAGUCAGAAAUUCAGAACAAGAUUCUGAGAUAAAUCAGUUGCAGCAUCAGAUAGAAGAGGCUACUCAAAAGCGAGAUAAACUCGAAAAGAAUUUAAAGCUUCGGGGAUUGUCAACAAGAGAUUUAGAAGUUUAUGGAGAGCAAAAGAGAUUUUUCCCUGUGGAUUUGGCUCCUGAUUUGUUUAUUUCGGUGGUAGAAGCUGUAUACAAAGCUAUCCAUGACUUCUCAAAGCCAUUGAUCAACAUGAUGAAGGCGGCUGGUUGGGACCUUCAUGCUGCAGCUCACUCAAUUGAACCAAGUGUUGUUGACUGUACAUAA